AUGGAUCUCCCAAAUUUAACUAGAAAAAAUGUUGGGCUGCUGAAAAGAAUCCAGGAUAAAGUGAAAGAGGAAAACCUUGUCCAGGAUCUUAUUUUCCUUCACUGCAUCAUCCAUCAGGAAUCCCUGUGUAAGUCUGUAUUGCAGCUUAAUCAUGUCGUGAAUCCAGUCGUAAAACGUGUGAACUUUAUACGAGCAAGGGGACUUCAGCACCGUCAGUUUAUUACGUUCCUGGAGGAAACUGAUGCGGAUCAUCAGGACUUGCUGUACCACUCUCGUGUCCGCUGGUUAAGUUUGGGGAAAGUGUUACAACGAGUGUGGGAGCUGAAAGAAGAUAUCAUCGCAUUUUUGGAGUUGAUGGGGAAAUCUGACGAAUUCCCUGAGCUAAGCGACAAGAACUGGCUUAGUGACUUUGCGUUUGCUGUGGACAUAUUUUCACACAUGAAUGAGCUGAAUGUGAAACUGCAGGGGAAAGAUCAGUUUGUUCACGACAUGUGCAAACAUGUGAAAGCCUUCAAAUCCAAGCUCACUUUGUUCUCCGGACAAAUUGCGAACAAAUCUUUCGCUCAUUUCCCCACACUUGCCAUGCAGGAAGAGAGCCACGUUUCCAAACCUCCGGAGGACUGCACAGAAGAUACUGACUUGUUUGGCUCGACUUACGUGUGCGAGCAGACAUUCAGCGUCAUGAACGCCAACAAAGCCCGUCACAGAUCAAAGUUAACAGAUCAGCACCUCAGAUCUAUCCUGAGAAUUGCCACAACCAAAAUAACUCCAGACUUGGAUGCACUGAGCGUUGGCCCCCAUUUGCUUGGAUUUCUCCAGGUGCUCCGAUUUCCUCUCACAUGUGAUCGGCAAGGCCAGGAAGGCGAGCGGGAGGCGUUGGACCGUUAUCUGGCUCGCAUCGAGUGCGACAUCAAGCAGGAGGUGGAGGGCCGGCUACACAAGAUCAAGAAAACCUAUUGGAGUCGUUCCCCUUGCCAGGGACGAGCGCCGAUCUUCGCCGACAGUUCAUGA